UGUUAUCUAGAUUGCUUCCUAGGCUUCCCGAUCUGAGUUUAACAAUGUCUGGACGUGGUAAAGGUGGGAAAGGCCUUGGGAAAGGCGGCGCGAAGCGUCACCGUAAAGUUCUGCGGGAUAAUAUUCAAGGUAUUACUAAACCCGCGAUCCGCCGCUUGGCUCGUCGCGGUGGGGUCAAGCGCAUCUCUGGCCUCAUUUACGAGGAAACUCGCGGGGUGCUGAAAGUGUUUUUGGAAAACGUGAUUCGGGACGCGGUCACAUACACCGAACACGCCAAGCGAAAGACGGUCACGGCCAUGGACGUCGUCUACGCGCUGAAGCGUCAGGGACGCACUCUUUACGGAUUUGGCGGUUAAGCACAUGGCCGGAAUGUGAUGGUCCAGCACUUUGUGAUGGUAAAGCACUUAUACGCCAAGCGCGACAUCUCACCCCCCUCAUAUCUCGAUGUUGUGGUUGACAAACGAGCUCUUGAUGCCCAACUUGGAGGCGAAGGUAUGGCGCGGACUAAGCAAACGGCUCGCAAGUCCACCGGCGGUAAGGCGCCGCGCAAGCAGCUCGCCACCAAGGCGGCCCGCAAGAGCGCGCCGGCCACCGGCGGCGUGAAGAAGCCCCACCGCUACCGGCCCGGCACGGUGGCCCUGCGAGAGAUCCGCCGCUACCAGAAGUCCACGGAGCUGCUGAUCCGCAAGCUGCCGUUUCAGCGGCUGGUGCGCGAGAUCGCACAGGACUUCAAGACCGACCUGCGCUUCCAAAGCUCGGCGGUGAUGGCGCUGCAGGAAGCGUGCGAAGCCUAUCUGGUGGGGCUCUUCGAGGAUACCAACCUGUAACAACUGUUGCUUUUCAUCAUGUCUGGUAGGGGCAAAGGAGGAAAAGGGCUCGGAAAAGGAGGCGCGAAACGCCAUCGCAAAGUUCUGCGAGACAACAUCCAAGGUAUUACCAAACCUGCUAUUCGGCGCCUAGCUCGUCGUGGUGGUGUGAAGCGCAUCUCUGGGCUCAUCUACGAGGAGACACGCGGGGUCCUAAAGGUGUUCCUGGAGAACGUGAUCCGGGACGCGGUCACCUACACCGAGCACGCCAAGCGCAAGACUGUCACUGCCAUGGACGUGGUCUACGCGCUCAAGCGUCAGGGCCGCACCCUCUACGGUUUCGGUGGCUAAGUGGCCGUGUAGUUAGGAAGUUUCUGCUUACAAAACGGCCCUUUUCAGGGCCAUCCA